GAUUGUCAAAAAUUAAACACGUCACUGUGUUCGAUAUUAUGAUUUGAAUAUGUGUAACUCAAUUGCAUAAAUGAUUAUACUGUUAUGAUUACUCCAAUAACGGGUUUUUCAUUUCAUGAAAGAACAAAUAUUUUUUUGAAAAAUGCAUAGUCAGCCUAAACCUCGCAAUCCAUGGACAAAAAAUGUCCAACAAAAACGAAAUGUGAAAGCUUCCAAAAACUCCAUCAGCAAACCUUUAACUUCCUCAGAGCUGAAAUUUAAAGAGGCUCAAUCUAAGUUGCAGGCUGCUGUUAAAAAGCAUGUGAAAGAAUACGAGUCAUCUUCAGAUGAAGAGGAAUUAGAUUCCGGUAACCUAAUUGAUACUAUCCUCAAGAGUUACAAAAAUACUGGUGGUGACUAUGAAUUUAUUGGUCGAACUUCAUCGUUCAUCGAAGAGACUUUACUCUCUGCUGGAACAACUUGCCUGAUUUGUAUAUCGAGGGUCAGAAGAGAUGAUGAGAUCUGGAGCUGCGGCAGUUGCUAUGGAUUUUUUCAUCUUAUGUGUAUCCAAAGAUGGUCGAAAGAUACCAUAACCCAACAAAAACAUGCUUUUGAACAACAGAUAGUUGUCCAUCAGAAAAACCUAUGUUGGUGUUGUCCAAAAUGUCGUUUUGAAUAUACCUCUUCAGAUGUUCCUAGUAAAUAUUUAUGUUUCUGCAAGAAAACUGAAAGCCCAAAAUACCAGCCAUUUCUUGUACCUCACUCUUGUGGAGAAAUUUGCAAAAAAGAAUUAGUACCCAAAUGUGGACAUAUGUGUAUGCUGUUGUGUCAUCCAGGACCAUGUCCUCCAUGCCCAGUUACAGUAAAUGUAUCUUGUUACUGUGGAAAUGAACCUCCAAGGACUCAAAGAUGUAGUAGCAAAGAAUGGUCUUGCAGUGGGAUAUGUGGAAAACCUUUAAAAUGUGAUAAACACAGUUGCAAUGACCCUUGCCACCCAGGGGAAUGUAAACCAUGUCCAAAAAAGAGCGUUCAAAGGUGUGUGUGUAAAUCUCAGCAGAAACUUCGUGAUUGUGCUGAACCUUUGUGGCAUUGUGAUAAGGUCUGCAAUAAGGCCUUAGAAUGUGGAAACCAUCGAUGUCAAGAAGUAUGUCAUGAUGGGGUAUGUGAUAUGUGCCCUCUAAGCAAACUGAGGACAUGUCCUUGUGGCAAAACCACUUUCCAGCUACCUUGUACUGAAGAUACACCCAGCUGUCAAGAUACCUGUGAAAAAUUACUUGAAUGUGGUGUCCAUACUUGUAACCAACGCUGUCAUAAAGAAAAAUGCGGACAGUGCCUAGAAACUGUUGAGAAGUAUUGUAGAUGUGGAUUACAUAUCAAAGAAAUCCAAUGCUUCAAGCCUUAUUUUUGUGAAGUGAAAUGUAAGCAGAUGAAGGAUUGCAAUAAACAUCCUUGUAACAGAAAAUGUUGUGAUGGCAACUGUCCCCCAUGUGAAAAGCCCUGCGGAAGGACUCUCAAUUGUGGCAACCAUAAAUGUACUUCCGUAUGUCAUAGAGGUCCCUGUUAUCCUUGUAGUCAAACUGACUUUGUCACUUGUAGAUGUGGGGAGACAAAAUUAGUGGUGCCAUGUGGCCGCAAAAACAAAACUAGACCACCAAAAUGUACCAAGCUCUGUUUGUUUCCUCCUGAUUGUCACCACAAACAAAGGGAAAACCACAAAUGUCAUUUUGGUGAUUGUCCUCCAUGUAAGCAAACUUGUAACAAAAGCAGAACAUCUUGCUGUCACUUAUGUCCAUCGCCUUGUCAUUCCGCUGUUCUUAUGAAAAUUGAAGGACAGAAAGCUUCUAUGCCUUGGGAGCAAACUAAACCUCAGUUUGAGAAAAAAGAGCUACCAUGUCCAGAUUGUGUGGUUCCUGUGGCCGUAACAUGCUUAGGAGAACAUGAGACAUCAGAUUGGCCUUGUUAUUUGGCAAAGCCUUCCAGUUGCCACCGUCCCUGUGGAAGGAAAUUAGAGUGUGGAAACCAUAGCUGCUCUUUACCGUGUCAUCUAGUUGAGGAAACUAUAAACACAGAGUUGGGUAUAAACUGUGAAAAAUGCGAAGGUAGCUGUUCCAAAGAAAGACCAGAAGGCUGUCCACAUUCCUGCCCUAGGCCUUGCCAUCCUGGUCCUUGUCCACCCUGCAAAAACAUGGUACGCAUCAAAUGUUAUUGUGGACUCCAUCAACCCUAUGUCACAUGCAGUGACUGGCUAAAUGAAGAUAAACAUGUGGAGUUGCAGAGUUGUGGAAAUCAGUGCCCUAAAAAUUAUGAAUGUGGACACAGAUGCAAAGCUAACUGCCACUCAGGACCCUGUCCAAAUCCUGAGGGAUGUAAGAAAAAGGUUAAAAUCACCUGCAAGUGCAAAAGAUUGAAGAAAGAAUUUUCAUGCGAAACAGUUAGAAAGAAACUAGCAUUAAUUGAUUGCGACGAUGUGUGUUUUUCAAAAAAAGAAGAGGAAAGAAAAAUCAGAGAAGCUGCAGAUGAACAAAGGAAGAAAGAGGAGGAGAUGAGACAAAGAAAAGAGUUAGAGAAAUACCAAAAAAUGUUCGAAGGAAAGAAGAAGAGCAGAGAAAAGAGAAAAUAUAAUGAUGAUGAGGAGGUUGGACUUGUUAAGAAAUAUUGGUUUAUAAUUAUAUCAGUUGCGUUACUUGUUUUGUCUUUAGUGGUUUAUUUUAUUUAUAAGUGAUAUAAAUAAUAAAACUUCUGUGAGACUUC